AUGAGCGCCGAGACGCUGAGCGACGACUCGCAGCCGCCGACGCAGCUUGAUCAGACUGUGGCCGCUGUCGGCGACGGUGCGGCCGUGGAGAAGGACGGUGACGUGCUGAUGGGCUGCCAAGAUGACAGCAAGUUCGGGCAUGAGCUGUUGGACACAAUGCUGCCCGAUCGCCAACCCCAGUUUGGGGAGGCAGGGUACAGCGGGCCUCUCGGCGCCAAGGACGGCGACGUGGGCAUCGGCGGCUCCGACCCGUGCCAGGCCAGGCCCGAGCGGGACGCCGACGGCGUCGAGGAGAACGUCGAUGGCGCCGAGGACAGCGACGACGUGCCGCUGAUGAUGCCUUCCAACAAGGGCGUCGCUGCCCGCGUGACCGAGCCCGAGACGCAUCGUGGAGAUGAGGACGGCGCAGGUGGCGCGGCAAGCCAGGGCCCUGAAGAAGAAACGCUGCCCUACAACGUGCCGCAGACACCGAUCUCGCAGAAGCAGCAGGCCUUGCUGGACCUGGCUGACAUCUGCAAGAACAUCAACGCGAUGGCAACGACGCAGGACGAUACCAAGGUAGGAGACAAGCUCAAGGAGCUGUUCACCUCAAAGGCGCUGAAGACCGUGUUCGGCGAGAGGGAGGAGUCGGAGAAGAGCGCCUUCGAGGUGGACGGCAUGUCCGACAAGGACAAGGCCAAGGCCGCCAUGUGGAAGAAGGUGAAG